AUGGCUAGCCAGGACCCCGGCAUACCACUAACCCAUGCCCCGGAUGGCCGUGGCUACAAGCUCAUGGAACUGCCCCCCGAGCUCGAGGCCCUGCUCGCUGCCGACGAUGCUCCGGUCAUCACGCUCAAGUCGACAGACACAAACGCCCUCCUGAAAACCCCAGACAAGACGUACAAGCUCCUCCAGAAAAAUACGUCAAACUCCCUCAUCCUCCUCACGCCCCAUUCCUCCGCACCAUCCACCGAAGAUAUCCCCACCUCCGGUCUCGCCGCCAUUGCCACCAUCCACGAAACCAUCGAGCUUGUCGCCCAGACGGACCCUCAACCCAUCUCUAACCUCAAAAACACUGGUAGCAGGGGCAAAUGGCAUGAAAAGUUUGGAAGAGGGCGGUAG